AUAGGUUUUGGGAUCUUUUCUUCCAUGCAUUACAUAUCUAUUCACAAAUAAUUAAAUUAUGAAAAAUACUAGAGAAUACUUUUGUGAGCCUAUAGCCCAUUUUUCGCCAUGUAAACACUCGCUGUGAACCACUGUGCAGAUCUAAUAUAAAAGCUGAGUGCAGCAAGGACAUUCAGUACUUGCGGAAUGAAGCCUUUAACUGAGCACCUGCUCAAGGUGCAGGACACCUACUUUCGCAUUCUUGGAUUUAAUAUACUUGCUAGACCAGAGCAGUCGGGCUGGCGGCAACAUUGGCGACCCUUCGUUCUAAUGAUCUCCUUGGCCAUGGUCCAAGCGAUGGUUGUUGCCUUCAGCGUACAGAAUCUGGAUGAUAUGGAUCAGUUGACGGAGGGCCUGGCCGCGCUGCUCAUCAAUCAGCUGGGACUAUUCAAGUUCGGCCUCAUGAUGUGGCUGCACAAGGACUUUCAGCUGCUCGUGGCCAGGCUGCGGGAGUUGCUGACCCGAGUCCCGGCCUGCAUCGUCGGCGAGGAGAAUCGACGGGAGCAGCGGCUUAGCGGCAUCUACAAGAACAGCUUUAUGCUGGCGGCCAUUCUGAGCUCCUUGAAGCCCAGUGUGAGCAUGUGCCUCAACUAUCGGCGCACGGGUCAGUUGCGACUGGAGAUGACCUUUCCUUGCAGCUACCCCUGGGAUAAUCGACAGCUGCCUUAUGCGCUGCUCUCCUACGCCCUGCUAACGUCCGCCAGCUUUGCCGUCGUCCUGCCCAGCAUUUGUGUAGAUACAUUUUUCAUGGCCCUAGUUCAUAACCUUGUCGCCUUGUUCCAGACGUCGCAGCAUCAGAUGCAGCUCAUUCGAGCUGCUGCCGACAGCCGGGCACAGCUGGGCAAGAUCCUUGAUCUGUACAGACGCAGCCUGGACCUGAGCGACGCACUGAAUCGUUACUUUCGCCUGCUCAUCUGCGUGCAAUUCUUGGUGGGCUCUCUGCAUCUGUGCGUGCUCAGCUACACCCUGUUGGUUAAGUUCGACAAUCCCCAGAUGCCCUUCUAUGUGGUAUUUACCGUAUCCGUGCUCUCUCAGCUUUAUAUCUUCUGUUAUUGCGGCGAUCGCCUGAAGACGGCGAGCACGGGCUUUGCCAAUGCCAUCUAUGAUAGCCCCUGGCAUGAGCUAACCAUUGGUUCGGCCCUGGGUCGUUCUCUCCAGUUCUCAAUGAUGCGGGCCCAUCGCGGCAGCCGCAUCGAUGGCUUCUUCUUUGAGGCCAACAUGGAGGUCUUUAUAGUGGUGAGUGGUUGGGCGCAACGCUUGAGAGCCUGGAGCUGAAUUUUGCAUGUGCCUAAAAGAUUGUGCGAACGGCCAUGUCCUACUUCGCAUUGCUAAAAUCCAUUUCUAGGGGCACUGAAUAAUCAACUUUACUCAAAAAGCAUACGUCCAAAAAAUAGUCUGGCAACGCUACAACAAAAAAUUAGCUCAAGUUAGAUGCUUUAGUCGGGAGCUCCUGAAUAGGGGAUAUCCUGAACCCUCUUCUACCAGUAAUAAAAAUAAAUAA